UUCACCGUGGCUGACUGACGACCUGUGAAAGACUCGAUGACGAUAUAAAUAAAAACACACUUCACAUUGUGUUCCUGUGUUCUCGGUGGCUGCAGACGAGGACGACCAGCUCUAUCAAACUUCAGCGUGCAUACAAGUGAUGUUUACUGAAGCAUAUUAAUGGAAGCAGAUCUUUGACUUUCAGUUUUGUAAGAUAUAAUUCAGCUGUGUCAGCUGAACAUCACACGUGUUAUCUCCUCCCUGUGACCACAGAACCAACAUCAGAUAAACUACCAGUAAAUAUCAUACAAUUAAAAACACAGACUGAUAACUUAAGCAGAAAAAACCCAAUCAGUCAGUUCUCUGAGAUGGAAGUGAUCUCGUCUCCUAACUGUGUGUUUGUAACAAUGUGAGGAAGGCAAGUUAAACAUGUGACACUGUGAAACAUUACAAAGGAAAUGGGGGGAGAAAGCAAAGUGGUGGUGGGACGCGACGUGUCAACUCGUGACAACAAAAGCUUCAUCCACAGUCCAACACGAGCGACACGGCCGGUGAAGCAGUUUGUUAGUGGAGGCGUCGUCAGCACGCAGACUGACCCCGUCACUCUGUAGUUCAUGGCUAUUCUUGGAUAGUUUGACACUAGUUGGCAUCACGCUGACACUCUGAAGCAACAAAAUGUAAUUUCCCGGACACAGCUGACCGUCUCAUCAGUCCACAGUGGCGCUUUUGGAUUCGCAGCUCGGAUCGGACGGUUACAAAGUCACAUUUAGUUGCGUUAACUGGGUAACUGUACGAAGUAUCUGUGUCCGGUUUGUUCCACAGAGAGUCUGAUGUGUUUGUUCCUGUCAGUCGUUCACGAGCUUAUGUGUCACAGUGCAGCAGGUCGUGCAGCGGAGAGGAAGAAGACGCCUGCUAUCAUCACUCCAGUAACACAGUCUAGUGCCGCAGAAUUAGCAGGUCCACACAAACAGCUACGCCCAGUUUAUCUGCCGCCCAGUUAAAUAAAUAAAUAUAUUAACACUGAUCUGCUGAUUGUUUACAAUCCAGAUAUCCACCCAGUGUUACUAAAUAAAUAGGAACACCCAUCACACAGCUCACCAUUCAUAUUUAUGCUUUGUCUCAGCUCCAUCUGAUUCUGAGUUGUACAAAGACACUGUUUUUUUUAAGAUUAAAAUCAAUUUUCCACUUAAAUUAUAUUAUUAUAUUCAGAUCUUCAGGGCGCUCAGAGCUGCAGCCUGUGUGACCUGCUCUACAUGCAGAGACCAACACGCCUCCCACACUCUGCAAAGCCCUGAGGGGUCUGCAGGAACCACCUGUAGACACCUGUCUGCUCAGAUACCACGUGGUGACGCACGGACGCAUCCGGCGAGGACGCACAGCCGACGAGGAGCUACGUCACUGCGACUACCUGUCCGCCCAGUCGGCGGAUCAUGUGUGCUGCUCCACCGUGUUUCUUUACUCUCCAGGUCGCCACUGUGGUUUUCUGUCCGACGCAGAUCCGGUGCCAUAUGAUGCUGUGAUACGCUGACAUUACAGUAACUGAGACAAGGAGGAGGAGGAGCAGGAGGAAGAGGAGGAGGAGGAGCAGGAGGAAGAGGAGGAGGAGGAGGAGGAAGAGGAGCAGGAGGAAGAGGAGGAGGAGGAGCAGGAGGAGGAGCAGGAGGAGGAGGAGGACGGGGGUCAAACCUGCCAGGAGUUCACACAAGCGAAGGACGACGAAAGAGCAUGUUGAAUGUUUGGACACUGAGCUUCACCUGGAGCUGGUCACUAUGACGGAGGGGAGCUUGUGCUUCAUGCAGUGCAGAAAGACCGGUUACAGAGCAGCCAGAGUGUUGAAGAGCCUGACAAAAGCCUACUGGACUUGACAAAGUCAAAAAAGAGAAGCCAGUUGGUAGGAGAGGAGGAGGAGGAGGAGGAGGAGGAUACAUGUUAGGCGAGUCAGACGACAGAUGUGAAGCGAAGGAGAUGAUGAGGAAGAUGAUUAGAUAGAUGAAAGCAGAGCUAGAGGCAGAAGAGUCAAAUGAGAAGUCAAGCUCAGCAGUGGAAAGAAGGCAGAGAUGAAAUAGCGUACUGUCAUAAAAACAGGAGACAGAUGAAGAUUCAGCUCCAGGAGAGCAGACGACUCAACAGAUCCAGAGGAUACAUGCCGCCAGCGUUCACAGAUCAGCAGGAAUAAGCAGAAGUCGCCAUGUUCAUGAACUUCCGUCGCAUCCACAAGUGCCAGUGUGUGCAGCUGCUGACCACAGGCCUGGUGCUGUGCAUGGUGAUGGUCUGCUGGGAGGAGCUGGACCACCACGUGGUCAGCCACAUGAGAUCCUACACGUAUCGCUACCUGGUCAACAGCUACGACUUCCUCAACUCUUCCUUCGCCCUCACGUCCAAGCACCAGCACGGUGCGGAUGUCGAGGUAGUGACCUAUCCGUACCUCAUCAACCAUCCGGGUAAAUGUGAAGGUGGUUCUGGUGGAGAUGACGUCCUGCUGCUUCUGUUCGUCAAAUCCUCGCCAGAGAACUUCGAGCGGCGCCAGGCCAUCCGGGACACGUGGGGGAACGAGAGCUUUGCCUGGUCAGAAAUGGGGGCGAACGUGAGGGUGGUGUUCGCCCUCGGCGUGCAUCCGGAUGUCGGUCGGAGAGCCAGUGUGCAGAGAGCGUUGCUGCAGGAGGACCGGUCCUACAGAGACCUGAUCCAGCAGGACUUUUUGGACACUUUUCACAACCUGACCACCAAACUGAUCCUGCAGUUCCACUGGGGCCACGAGUACUGCCGCCAGGCACGCUUCCUCAUGUCUGCGGACGACGACAUCUUCGUACACAUGCCCAACCUGGUGGCGUACCUGCGGCAGGUCCUGGGUGGUCAGUCGGGGGCCACAGACCUGUGGGUGGGGCAUGUGCACAGGGGAGCUCCUCCCAUUCGCCGUAAAGAAAGCAAAUACCACGUUCCUGAUGACCUGUACCCCUGGCCCUCCUACCCAGACUACACUGCCGGAGCAGGGUAUGUGGUUUCAGGCGACGUGGCCGCUAAGAUCUACCAUGCGACUCUGGUGCUGAACUCUUCCAUGUACAUCGACGACGUAUUCAUGGGAAUAUGUGCCAAAGCCAUGGGAGUCUCUCCCCAGGAGCACGUGUACUUCUCGGGGGAAGGCAAGGCGCCGUACCACCCCUGCAUCUACGAUCACAUGAUCACCUCGCACGGUCACGCCACAGAUGUGCGCCUGCUGUGGCAGGAAGCGACGGACCCCACGGUGUACCGCCGCUCCAGAGGAUUUAUGGGUAAUCUGUACUGCGCGGCGGUCAGAGUGAUGCUGCUGUGCCGGCCGUAUUACCAGAACACGUACUCCUGUAUGGCUGCUUUUACAUAAAUGAUCUUAAGAUGAAGGAAUGCUGAAUGUACCACACAGACAUGGCGGCGCCGCUCACAAACGGACCGCCGCUUCUUUUUUUUUCCCCUUCAUGUUAACUUUCACUGUUUGCUGGAUAUAUUGUGUAUUUGCUGUCUUGUAAUAAAGACCAGAGUUGUUCUGUGAAGCAAA